CCAGGAUUUAAAAAGCAAAGAGGAUCCUUUCUCAUACAAAACAUGUGGUCACCGAGAACAUCGAUUUCAAUGUCGUUAGGGAGGCCGCUGGAGGGUAAAUUCGGGAUUGUCACGGGGGGGUCUAGAGGAAUUGGCGAAGCGAUUGCCCGGAACCUCGCGGCAAAAGGAUGCUCGCUGCUGCUCAACUUCACGUCCGAGUCAUCUCGAAAGCGGACGGAAGAGCUGUGCAACAGUUUGACAGCAACGUACAACAUCCGCUGCGUGGCGGUGCAGGCGGACCUGAACAACGGGGCCGAGGCGGUGGCCACCAUCCUCGCGGAAGCCAAGAAGCAGUUCACGAGUUCGAAGGGGGUGUUUCGGAUUGACGUGCUGGUCAACAACGCAGGUGUCUCGGCGGACCGGACGCUCAACGAUCCCGUCAGGGGGGUUAUCGACGCCGAAUACUUCGCCUGGCAUUAUAAUAUCAACGUGCUGGCCCCGCUGCUUCUCACGCAGGCGUGUGCGCCGUACCUCCCUACGGACCGGAGUGGGCGGAUCGUCAACAUCUCCAGCGUUUCGUCGUCGCUCGGGUUCGAGGGACAGUCCGUGUACGGCGGGACAAAGGCCGCCCUGGAAGCCAUGACGCGCACGUGGGCGCGCGAGCUGGCCGACCGUGCCACCGUCAACGCUGUCAACCCGGGCCCCGUCAUCGGGGAUAUGUAUUUCAAGACGGGCGAGGGCUUCUGGAACCAGAUCCAGGGUUUCCAGGAUAACACGCCCGGGGCGAAGCUGGAGGAUAACCUGGUCGAGAAGACGGACGAGCUCUCCGACGAGCAGGUGACCCUCAUCCGGGAGAAGAUGGGGGGGCGUCGUCCAGCGUUUACGAGCGAGAUUGCCGGUGUCGUCGGCAUGCUGUGUACUCAGGACGGGGGGUGGUGUACUGGCAGUGUUGUCUGUGCUAAUGGGGGGAUGCGCAUGACUCCAUAGGACACUUCUUUCUUUCUUUCUUUCUUUCUUCUUUCUUUCAAGUUCUUUCUUCUUUCUUGACUACUGCUCUCUUUCUUCUUUCUGAUAGAUCUAUCUUGUUCUCUUUGUCUUAUCAACAAUGUUAAUCAACAAUGGUUGUCAACAAUGGUUGUCUUCGGUUGGCAAGGUAUAAAUAGCAGUACAUCGACAUCGACAUCGAUACUCAUUAACACUCAUCAAUACUUAUCAACACUCAUCAGCACUCGUCACUACUCUCUAUAUCCCCGAAAUGAACGGUACGUACA